AUGGCCGACGGCACACAACCCAGUGCCCCCACCACGGCCAACGGUCACCACCCCAGCAUCUCCGUUACAGCUACCACGACGACCGACCCCGCAAUCCUAGAACAAGUCGUUAAUCAUGUUUUUUUACCCCCCAAACUGCCUUCUGCCGCGCCAGAUGACGAUACCGAACGAAGCGUUAAUUUGUUGAUGCUGGAUGAGACGGACGCGGCCGCGAGGGCCUUUAGGAUGUUUUUACCGCACGAGCAGAGAAAGCCGUGGACACAGAUUUGUAGGAUGUUGCUUUGGAUGAAACAGGCUGCGAAGGCACCGCUUGAGGCGACGAAGCUGUCGGAAACUUUGAAGUCGAUGCUGCCGGGAGAUGUAUUGGCUCUACAUGUUCGCGCUCAGAACGCGGCGAUUAUUAUUCGAAUGGAGCAAGAAGCGACUGUAUUCGAGGUCUUUGAGGUUUCGCCCCUCGCUUCGGAGGUCAUAGCGGCGAAGGGCAAGCUUAUUCGAGCGUUCCCUGGUCCGACUGUUGAGGUUCCGACGACAACAGUAUCCAGUCAGGAAUUUCGAGACGAGUUCUCUUCCUUCAUCGCUCAGAUGGACAUAGACAUUUUGGAUGAGGUCGUGAAGAGGACAAGGACGAAAACUGGAAUAAGGGAGGAGAAGGAGACGGCAGAUCCUAAGUAUAUUUCCGAGCUGUUGAUCGGCAUCCUGCGCGGAAUGGGUAAAAUCGCCGACGUUCGUCGUGUCGUCAAACGCAUCGCAGACGACUCUGUGUUCAAAAGCUCCGGGAAGCCAUGGCGCAGAUCGAACAUGUGGCUCAUCCUCCGUGUAGCUAUCCAGACGACUCUCGACGAUGUGCACGCAUAUAAAUCCUUCAUGCUCUUUCUCCACGCGAAACUCCUCAACACAUCUCGCGAAGCAAAGUUCAACAGUGACCUACUCUUCGCUAUGCGGGCGAAGAUGAGCCGACGAUUAUUCAAGCUCGGAACGCAUGCUCCCAAUUUCGUCGUCAAGGAGGUAAAGGAGUCUGGCGAGGCGACUGAGGUUUUGCUUCAGAAACGGUGGACGACUGUUCAGGAGAAGGCGGCAGAGUCGGCCCCUUGGCAGCCCGAAGACCUUCAGUUACUGGCCAAUACAGCGAUCACACUCCCCAACUCCCGUUCCUACAUCUCCGGCGCUCUACAUCCUCCAACGGGCCAUAACAAGUCGAACGUUUUCAAUCCGAACCACCACCCGCGCCUCAACUCGGUCACCAAGUUCGAAAAAUUCGCAAAGGAUAAUAACGUGCUGACGCACGCCGUAGCGAAGGAGAAAUACGUCGCGCUCGGCGAUUUCGAACAAGCUGUCGCAGAGAAUCUAGACGAGUGGGUCCGCAGCAAGAUUACGGACGAUGAGGCGUCCGAUGUGGCGUGUAACGUCGUGUCCUCGUGCUUGACCCAGUACUACAGGGCCGCUUCGACACUAUACGAGAAGGACGCGGAGGAGCAGUCCGUCAUGUUGUUGACUGUUAUGGAGCUGUGGGUGGCGCUGGACAAGCUCGCGACGGCUGCGUGUCCGUUGUUGGAACAAUAUUCUCCUGAGAUCCCGGCCAAUUUUCUCGAUCCGCUUCUUUUGCGACAGGCGCAGGCUAUCGAGCGCGCGAAUAACGUCGAGAGGUACCUCCGCGGACGCCACGACCUCAUUGUACAAGACACACCGGUCUUCUCUGACGCGAUCGACUCCUCGUCGUUCGCCUACAAAUACUUCGAGGAGUCCGCGCGAAUGAAGGCGACAAAGAAGACCAUCGAGGAGGUCGCCCAAAGGCGGAAAGCGGAGAAAGGAGCCGAGCUCGACCGUCUGAACGCGGAGUAUGCUUCACUCAUGGCGCAAGCCGACACCGUUGGCCACAAGACGUUCGAGAACGACGACGGGCUCCGGAUCCACGUCAAGCGCGGCUGCAGGAAAUGUGACCUCGAAAAUAAAGCGAGCGCGUUGAAGAUCAAGGUGUACGAGUGGCCGCUCCCGGAGGACGAGGAGCGGGUGCGUCGAAUCGUGUUCGAAUUGCAGGUCCCGCCUGCGUUUGCGUUUUGGAGAGACGUGACUUACAAGAUCCUCGUCGAUAUCGGGGCGAAGGAGCCAAGGGAUAAGAGUACGGCGCAGGUGGUGAUUUCGGAUUACGAGGGACUGAUGGAUUGGGUCGUUCAUCCGCAUGCACCGAGGGUGACGCUGGGUUCGCCGGUGAAGUCGUAUACAAUGUCGGUUGAAGCGGAGAAGAAGAUUCCUGCAGACGAGGCGAGCGUCAUUGUCAACAAUGGGCUCAAGUUUCAGCUGUUCGAUACCCUCGGCAAGUCGUGGGCUUCUCAUCCUAUCGACACUCCGGAUAUCAGGAGAUUAUGCACACUUUCGAUUCCCGAGACGAGUCCGUACGCGUACCUCCAAUACAGCGUCGAGAACACCACACAUCAGCACAACCACGUCAUCGCGACUCAGCACCUGUGUCCGAAGGCUUUGGAUCUCCACGAGCACCACGCGUUUGCUUCAUUGCGAUGUGGAUCUCUACUUCAGUGGAUGAAUAUACUCCGCGAGAUCGCGUCUAACGCGCUCACGUUCAAUCGGGAAGAAGUUCAUACGCUGAUUACGCAGGCUGCGUGGCAGAUUGGGGCCUUUUCGAAGACGGAUAAUCGGAGGGAGUGGCAUGUGGAUCUUGGGAGGAAGGAGUUUGGGAAGGUUUUGCUUGAGCAGUUACGGAAGCUGUUGCAACGGGUGAGGUCGAAUUGGCUCGAGGGUGUUACUGUUAGGACUAUCGCGCUCCUUGUCUCGCGUCUCCUCGCCACCGCCACUCAAGGCGAGAUUCUCGAAGGGUCGUAUGCUCUUCUCCGCGAAGUACGAGGAGUAGCCCUCCAAUGGACUCGAGAGCUUGCCGAAAAGCUCCAGGGAAGCCACGAGGAAGAUCAAGUCGCUCAGUACCAGGUUCGAGUCUGCGAGAUGGCGGCAACUUGUCGUGCGACGUACGACGUCGACCCGCAGCACGUCAGCGAGGUCUGCCAUACUCCCGAAGACAUCGCCGUUCUCGUCGAAUGCGCCAUCACUGUACACAACAACACGCCAGCUUCGUUCAGCACGGCUCCCACGGAGCUCAAGAAACUACUCGCUCGGGAUCGACGUCUCGCGCAUCGUCUCGAAUCACACCUCGCUCAAAGUAUUGAGGCGGAUCGGACUGGACUCGAUAAGGCUAUUCAAGCGCUAUGGGCGAGUUAUCUCCCUGGUGCGGCGUCUUGGAAGGCGGUCGAGGGGAGUCCACGUUGGUGGAGGACAAGGACGGAUCUGCAGAACGGUCAGAGUGCUCAGCGUAUACAUAUUAAUCUUCUGUCGGGAGAGCUGUUGAUUGCGGGGAAGCCGCUCGGUCGUUUACCCCGCGAGAUGGUUAGUUCACAGACUUAUAGUCGCAUUUUUGGACAGAAAGUACUUGACGUUGUACCCUCGGAUAGACCUGGCAUGUCCUUCGCCACUCGGACUUUACUGGGCGACUACCAGAUUUACUUCGGCCACCGCCCAAAUAACCCCGACGAACUGAUCGUCCAAGCCAGACACGAUAAUAAAUUCCUGGAACUGAUCCCUCACGAGCAAUUCACCGAAGAUAUCCCUUCCUUCCUGCUCUCCGACUACGCCCACUGGCUAGACCCCUCGACCCGCACGGUAGACUUCCGUCCUCUCGCCUCAGUAUGGGAUCCCGCCUCGUGCGAGUGGAGGCUUAACUUCUCCGAUUCUCCAAAGAAUACCUCCACCCUCAUCAAGGUAUCAUCUUCAGAAUGGCUCAUCGACGUCCAUAGCCCCACCUUCGAGAUGAUCGCGACACGCCUCGCUCAUUUAGAGGCCGAAGAAUACAUCACUAUCACUUAUGGAUCGAUUACCCACCGUCUGUUGGUAGACCUUCCGCGUUUACGGCUCUCCUUCGCUUUGAACGAGGAACAUCAACUGGAGUCGCAGAACAUGCCAGGCUUGAUCGUGGACGAUAACCAGUCUUGUGGGACGCUGUUUGGACUUCGGAAUCGGCUUGUGCUUUGCUCGAAGGACCCGCUCGCUAGGCAGCUACCCUUGUCUCGUCGAGUCCUCGUGCCACACGGUGAGGUGAAAGCAGCACAGACUGAGAAGCACGUCGUCAUAGCUAUCAAUCCUGGUCAAGCCCGUCGGGUCACAUAUCACGAGUAUCUUAUCGACACCGACCUUGGUUGUCUGAAGAGCACUGUUAGUUUAACGAGCAGACUCUUCAAGGUUUAUCUCCAUGCCCUCACCAGCCACUGUCUUCCCGACCCUUUGUUGGGCCGUACCGGUACGGAGGAGGCUUUGGCGGAGCUCGAGUCAGCAUCUUGUCGAUCGUUCCAAAGGCUCGACGUCGCCGACGCUGAACUCCUGCGCAAGAUCGGCGCGCUUACUCCCAAUCGCACGAGUCCAUCCUCUGGCGCCAAUCCGAAUGACAAGGGCUCAAAGACUAUGCAGAAGAUCGACUGGCUUCAGAUCGCACCACUCUCUCAGCAUCACGGCUUCGUACGGGCCACAAAAUCCAUCAUCGAGCUCGCCAAGCGUUUGGAGAUUUUCCAGAACGAGAAGGUCGAGCUGAACCCGUAUGUCAUCAAGCGGGACGAAAAUCUACUCGAGCGAGCCUCCCGUCGAAACUCCAUUUAUUAUUCGUGGUCCACCCCGUUCACUGAGUUGGAGUCCGACGUAGAGCCAGAUGUCGAGUACGUCUCGAGGGAUGCGCUACUUGAUGGGGCGGACGACCGCGAGUACAGGAUCUAUAAGGUCUCAAAGUUCGCGCAAAGCCCUGAAGAGGACCUCGCUUAUACGUCGCAUUCUUUGCUGGGCAUGAUGAAAAACUGGAAGUUACCGAUUGAAGCAUCGUCCGAGGAGAACUGGUCCUUGUCAUACUCUCGCGACUGGCUCCAGCCUCCCUCUCUGGCAUCCAUCUGGCUUGCGAUCUACGAACUCUGUGUUUCGAAUGGCAAUACUGAUUCUAAGCGCACUCGCAUGCAGCUCACGUUCAGUCUUUCGGCGUUCAAGUUCGGUGCCCCUGAACACAAGGACCUCAUACCCGUCAUCCUCGCUUUUGCCCACAACCGUAAGCUCGCACAGCAGAAUAUCCUUCCGCCGCAAGACAUCGAUAGGUAUAAUCUCGCGGAUGGAUUUGAGCCGACGCAAGAUAGGAUUGAAGCGCUCAUACUCCGACACCGGCUUGAUGUCAAGGGGACGCCUGCUUGGUUCGGUCCCAAGGAGGCUGGCGAAUCUACGAGGUCACAGCGAGCACGGCAGCGUCGUGAAUGGUCGACUAAAACAACUGCGAAAGCAUUGAUGUGGGCGAAGGCGAUCGUUGAUCAAUGGCAGAACUUGACCCUACCGCCGCCCGGCGGUGACUUUGCCUCUUGGUUUUCUGUCGCCCCGUGCAAAGAGUCUGUGCAAGCGUAUCUCCGUAGCUGCCACAACAACAAAAAACUCGGUCUCCACGUCAAGAAGGUUGAGAGAACUCUCCAAGAGCGUAACCCAGGCGGCUACGAAACGUCGCGGGACACAGAUACCUACAGCUUCCAACCGCCGUCGAGGGAUUGGCAGCCCGCUCAAUCUUCCAUCGCGAUGGACGAGAUUUUCCAGACACGUCGCGCCUGGAGAACGAGGUCUGAGGAUAUCGUCAAGUUCUACGCCGCCACCGAGAUAGACCGUGACAAGGGAGAACCUGUCGAUACCGCGGACUUGCAAAACCUCCUCUCCGAUUUCCGCCAACCAUCUUCUUCUACGUUGCUUCGGAAAUACGGUGACGACCUGGACCUCAGUCGAGCCGAUCUGGAGGGAAAGAAGGAUUCGCCCCUGCCCAGCCGCCUUUCCUCCUCGGAGGACCUUGAAACAAUAAGGGCAGGCUGUCUAACACGCUUGGAUGACGCAUUCCAGAGGAUCAAGGACAGGCUUUCGCCCUCGAACGCUCGUGAAGAAGUUCUCGCUACCGCGGGUUUGUGGCCGACGAUCACGCACAAGUCGGUGCUAGGCCGGCUGGCUAUGCCACAUCGCACCAAGCUGUCCGAAGCCUGGAGAGCCGUAUUAGUUUUGUUUGCACAAGCACUCAUUGAGUACCAGCGGUGUAUGCGGUUGAUAGGUCUAGCAGCGAGCGGAAAGGUGGAAGAGUUCUACAAGGAGGCGGACAACCAUGAAUUUAACUACAGGGACGCCAUGGAGUAUCCAGAUUGGUUGCUCAUUCAGAUUGAGGCCAAUUUCUUCGCUCGCAAGAUCCAAACUGACUUCGCUCACGAGAUGAUCGAACCUUCAUCGAGGCGUAGCACUGUUCUUCAACUCAACAUGGGAGAGGGGAAGUCGUCGGUCAUCGUACCGAUGGUUGCCGCCGCUUUGGCAGACGGUGAUAAGCUCCUGAGGGUUGUCGUGCUGAAAUCGCUCUCUAGUCAAAUGUUCCAACUUUUGGUGGAGAGACUCAGCGGUCUGGUCAAUCGGCGUAUCUUUUUCAUGCCGUUCUCGAGGAAUGUUCAGGUCAAUCGGGAACAAGUCACUCUGUUUCGCAAGAUGUACGAACAAGGCAUCGCAGAACGCGCGGUUCUCCUCGCCAUGCCAGAGCACAUCUUAUCGUUCCGCUUGGCUGGUCUGGACAAUCUAAUAUCAGCCUACUCCGAAGAAGAACAAUCUACUGCACUUGCACUACAGAAAGUUCAAGACUGGCUUUCUGAUAAAACUCGCGAUGUGUUAGACGAAAGUGACGAGAUCCUCCACGUUCGCUUCCAGCUCGUCUACACUGUCGGUUCACAACGUCCGCUGGAAGAUCAUCCAGAUCGCUGGACCACGACCCAACAGAUUUUCACCCUCGCGAAGCAGAACGCUCCGGCUAUCCGACAACGCUUUCCCAAAGAAUUCGAUCUCGAAGAGGGUCCCCCGGGAACGUUCCCUGUCAUGCGUAUUCUAGGUGAUGAAGCGGCUCGAGCAUUUGUGGCAGCUGUAGCUAAAGAUGCUCUCAGCGGUGGACUCUCUACUUUGACAUUCGCUCUGCUCCCCAAUGACGUUCGUAACGCGGCUUACAAGUUCAUCACGGAGAAGGAGAUUGUACAAGGCGAAUUCCGGGUCCUUCGCGAGUUCUGUGGAGAUAGUUCAACUUGGAAGGGUCUUCUCCUUUUGCGAGGCCUCCUUGCUCUGGGAAUUAUCGUUCACACCCUUCGUGAUAAGCGUUAUCGGGUAGAUUUCGGGCUUGACCUUAGUCGCACGCUCCUUGCUGUUCCCUACCGAGCGAAGGAUAUUCCCAGUCUGCGUUCAGAGUUCGGCCACCCAGAUGUCGCCAUCUCGUUGACCUGCCUGAGUUAUUACUACUCAUCUCUCACCAGCACGCAACUCCGCCAGGCCUUCGAAUCUCUCUACAAGCUGGACAAUCCUGCACUAGAAUACGACCAAUGGAUCCGCGGAAGUGACGGAUGCAUUCCAAAGGCGCUUGGUCAACUCAGUGGUAUAAACGUCAAGGACCACGACCAAUUCAACAGUCUUGUAUAUCCUCUGUUCUCGAGGAAUCACGCGGUCGUGGACUUUUUCCUUCGUCAGAUCGUCUUCCCGAAAGAGGCUAAGGAAUUCCCUGCGAAGCUACAAACUUCAGGAUGGGACCUCGCCGCUACGAAGACUCACGUCACCACUGGCUUCAGUGGCACCAAUGACAACCGAUAUCUUCUUCCCACGUCCAUCGUCCAGGACGAUCCCCUUCGUCAGCUCAGCACGAAUGCUCUGGUGCUCAUGUACCUGCUUCGACCGGAGAACGACGCAUACGUCUGCACGCAGAAGGCCGCAGACAAUCACGCUUGCUCAGCCAAGCAGUUCUUGAAAUUGCUUGUUCAACAAACUCCCGAAGUCCGUGUCUUGCUCGAUGUCGGUGCACAAAUGCUCGAGCUGCAGAACCAGGCCCUUGUUGCCCAUUGGCUCGAAUUGAGACCAGAUGUCGCCGCGGCAAUUUUCUUCAGCGAGGCGGACGAGUUGGCUGUGCUGACGCAGGAUGGCGCCGUCGAAUCCUUCAUAUCAUCUCCCUACAAGCAACAGCUCGACAAGUGUAUAGUGUAUCUUGACGACGCUCACACUCGAGGUACUGACCUGAAGCUUCCCCCGGGUACGCGAGCUGCAGUCACGCUAGGUCCCAAGACGAGCAAGGAUCGCUUACUGCAAGGUUGCAUGCGAAUGCGGAAGUUGGGAAAGGGCCACUCCGUUAUGUUCUUCGCCCCGCUCGAAGUCGAUCGACGCAUUCGACACGUCGCCAACAAGGGCCCCAGAAACAAGCUCAAGGUCUUAGACAUUCUUCGUUGGUGCAUGCACGAAACUGUCGCGGAUGUGACGCAUCACCUGCCUCAUUGGGCUCAACAGGGUGUCGACUACAUGCACAGGAAAGAGGCAGAGGAGGAGUAUCGCGAUGUAUUGUCGCCCGAGGACGCAGAUAUCAAGGUCCUCGAAAGAGGCUGGAAGCAACAGGAGUCUCAGACGCUCGAGGAGAUGUACGGUCUGUCUUCGUCACUCUCGAAUACGCAGCAAAGCUCUCCUCAGCACAAAGCUUUCGAGGUACCCGAAUUACGAGAGCGCUUGGAAGAGUUGGGGGUGACCUUCUUGACGAACCCGAAGAUGGAAGAGGAACAAGAACGCGAAGUGGCUCACGAGGUCGAACGUGAACGUCAAAUCGAAAGGCCAGCACAGGCUGGGACGGCCAAGCCCAGACUGCACCGUGACCUUGAGACAUUCAUUGAGACUGGCAAGGUUCGCGAUGCUAACGGCGCAGGUGGCGUAGGGAUCACCAGCCUCUUCCUGCCUCUCCACAGAGGUAACCUUCGUGACGCGAGGGAAGUGUGGUCGCCAUCCUUGCUUUCGACCUGGGACUUCAUCAAGACGAUAGAGGUUCCCGGAAGCAAGCCUUACCUCGACGAGUACCUUCGUCCUGUCCAAUGGAUAUUGUCCAGCGUUGUUCAGGGCCCCAUGAUCCUCGUCGUUGUCAGCCCCUUCGAAGUCAACGCAUUGCUACCGAAAAUCCGGAACAGUCAAUUCGUCAACCUACACGUCUACACGCCUCGCGUAACGCAGUCUAUGCAGUCCUUCUCCGAUCUUCGCUUCUUCACUGUCCCUCCGUUACCUGCAGACUGGACUGGACCACCGAUUCCUAAGGUCCAACUUCAGCUCGACCUCUUCGCGGGACAGUUGUACCUCCCGAACUACCCGGCAUACCUCGAACUCUGCACGUACCUCGGUAUUUACACUGGGCCGAGCGAUGGUGAAGACGUGGACAUGGAUCUGAACAUUCAGAGCGACGGGUUCAUCCGGCCGGAGGAUCGUCCUGCGGGACAGCAGAUGGCCAUGAUUUGCCCAUUUAACGAGAGCCCGUUGAGUAUACUAAAGCAGUUGGUGGGCCUGAGGAGGAAGGGGAUGUCGUAUCAAGCUACGCAUAUGGGGAAGAUUUUACAUGCUCGUCCAUUAACGAAAGGGGAGUUUGAGGAGGAGGAAUAAUUGUUUCUUACUGACCAUUUAUGUUGCUCAUCUGUCUCUUAUCUUCUCGAUUACCUUCUUGACCAUGCUAAUACUAUUAGACACAAUAUCUUACACCAUCCAGUGCUUUUAUCGUGUAUGUACCUGCUUCGAGGCUUCU